AUUUUUGUCACUGUUUUCAAAAAUAAAGGAGAAAGAAAUGAAAAGCGAAUACAAAUAAUGCGAAAAAUGGGAAAUUUAUAAUAUUUAAAAAUAUACACAAAAUUAUAAAAUACAUUAGAGACGAUGAGAAAAUUUUCUUUACAAAUUUCCAAAGUACUACUGCGAAAUUGAGAAUUUUGAAAAAUUUCUUGAAAAAUGACGACAAAUAUUGUGAUUAAAGAGAGAAUAGUAUUUCUUCUGGGAUUUGGGGCCGGAUUCUGCGUUACACUCUUAAUAUAUUUAAUGAAAUACUCGAUAAUUCCAGACUGUGAUAAUGUAAAAUCGACAAUUACAAAUGAAGAGAAUAAUUUCGAUUAUAAUAAACUCGUUGGAUUGUCUAGAGAGAGUGUAAAAUUUGCUGUUUGGUUGAAGGAGACAACGGAAAAUCUCGAGGAAAAUGUUUCCUAUGAAAAAUGGCUCGAGAGGCAAAAUACAAAAAUUGGAGAAAUUCAUGUGGAUAAAGAUGAUAUAAAUUCUGACAAAAAAAUAGAAUCAAAAUGGUUAAGGAACAAGGUACACGUGACUUGUGUUAUUUUCGUCGAAAAAUUAAAAUUGGCUCAAACUAUAGUCGACACUUGGGGCAAGCAUUGUAAUAAAUUAUUAUUUUUUGGAAAAGAUUUACAAGAUUCCAAAGUACCUGUGAUAAAAUUUGAUGUAAAACUUACAUCCUCCUGGCAGCUUUUGUGCGAAUCGAUGAAUUACGUAUUUAAUGAAACGAAAAAUGUUGAAAAUGAUUUGGAAUGGAUUAUAUUUGUAAGAGAUGAUACGAUGGUGAUUCCGGAAAAUUUACGAUAUCUCGUGGCUCCUUUGAAUUUCAAACAGGAUUAUUAUCUUGGUCAUGCAGUUUCGUUGUGGGGUCAGGAUUAUAAUGUAGCCGAGGCCGGCUACGUACUCAGUAAAUCGGCUUUUGGUAAAAUUGUCAAAAAAUUCGAUAAUUCUCAAAAGUGCGCGUCAAGUGGAAAAUUUUGGAAAAAAGAAGAUUUCUAUCUAGGUAAACAUUUACGCACAAUGGGAAUUCAUCCUUCAGACACAAGGGACACAUUGAAAAGAGGAACUUUUCAUGGAUAUUCAUUGCAAAUUUUAUUUUGGGGAAUUGCAAAACCAGGUCAAUAUUGGACCAGAGCUCUUUAUCCGCCAGGAGUUGAUUGUUGUUCCACGAGAUCAGUGACUUUUAAUGCAGUUGAUUCCAGUAAAAUGUACACUCUAAAUUAUCUUCUUUAUUAUUUAAACAGUAUUUUGAAACCUGCAAUACAUGAAAGUAAAUCAAUUACAUCGGAUGACAAGGUGUGGCAAAAAGUUUUAAAAGAUGAAUUUGGCAUUGAAAACGUCACAGAAAUUACCAACGAUCAGUAUUAUCAAUUAUGGAGAAGAAAAUAUUCAGAACCAGAAACAUUCAUGCAAUCUAAAAUUUACAAUCCAUUCUCGUCUUCAUUGAAUAAUAUUCAACAGGAUGAACUCUUUUUUGAUGAGAGAAAAAAUGUCUAACACUGUUUUUUUUUAUUUAUUAGACUAUAUUUAUUUAAGUACAAAUUGUACAUUAAGUACAAAUCAGAAUCUAAAUAUUUACAAAGAAAGACUGCAAGAUUUUUUCUGCAUUAAUAGAAAUUGAAACUGAUACGUCCAUUUUAUGAAGUUUUAUAACUUUUAAUAUUUUUUUUAUAAUAAUUGUCCAAGUUGGCAAAUGAAUUUUAAUUCUUUUAUCAUUAAUCGUUAACAGUUAUAAUUGUUAACAAUUAGUAACUUUUUUAUUAACUUGUUGUUAAUUAACUGAUAUAUUUUAUUAAUCAAAUUCAGUCAUCUUUAAUAUUUUAUUAAAAUUAGUUAUAAUAAUAAGUUAUAAUUAUAGAUAAGAAAAAGUGCUUUAUUAGAAAAUAUUAGUCUUGAAAUAAUUUUUAUAAGUGCCUUAUAAUAAAGUUUAUAAUCUUUCUACAA